UUGACGCUAACUGGUUCGAGUGCCAUCGCCCCUUUGUUCCCAAUAUCCUUUUUUCGCCCUUUUCAAAAGCAUUUUCAAGAGAUCUGUUCAAACAUUUGCCAUGGCUGCAGGAGUUCCUACGGCGGUGCUCGUUGGUUCCUGGUUCUUCUUUUCAACGGCGCUCAUUUUCACCAAUAGAUAUAUUCUGGUUGAGCUCAAGUUCCCUUACCCAGUUCUCCUUACAACAUGGCAUCUCUUGCUGGCAACAGCGGCGACUCGCCUAUUACGUCGCUAUACACACUUACUGGACGGCGUAGAUGAAGUGAAUAAGAAGCUAACGUGGUCCAAAUGGGCGACCAGUGUGUUGCCUAUCGGGUUCCUCUUCUCAGGGUCCUUGGUGUGCGGCAACUACGCCUAUGUGUUUCUAUCGGUGGCAUUUAUUCAAAUGCUAAAGUCGGCAACCCCAGUGACUGUCCUCCUGACGUCAUGGGCAUUUGGCACGGAGAAGCCCAACUUGGGAAUCUUUUUGAAUGUGCUAUUCAUCACAUUUGGUAUUGCACUGGCGUCGUAUGGAGAAAUCCGCUUCGUCAUGACAGGCUUUGUUCUUCAGGUCGUAGCCCUGUGCAUUGAGUCCAUGCGUCUGGUUAUGAUCCAGAAAUUGCUCAGCGGACGAGACAUCAAAAUGGACGCUCUUGUUGGUCUCUACUACUUUGCUCCAGCCUGUGCAGCAAUCAAUAUCAUUACUGCAUUCUUGUUGGAGUCGGAGGCUAUUGACUUUGCAUCCUUGAAGCAGGUCGGGUUUGGAGUGCUCCUGUUCAAUGGUCUAACUUCCUUCUGCUUGAAUGUAUCCGCAGUGGUUGUUAUUAAAAGAACAUCGACCCUCGUUCUGGCUCUAUGCGGUCUCCUCAAAGACAUUGGCAUCGUAGCUAUCGCAACACUCGUGUACCACACGGGGAUGUCCAAUCUGCAGGCCUUUGGGUACAGCUUAUCGCUGAUCGGUCUGAUCAGAUAUAAGACUAGGAAUGAGCCUUUCUGGAAAGAUCCGCUGGGAACGAGCUUAGAGUUUUUGCGGAGAUAUACAGGGUCCGCGGCUGCUGACUACCAGAGUCCAGGAAGAGCCCCACGAAGCGCAGCAGAUGAUGAAUGGAAGCCAAAAGAAGACCAUGUCAUAGACGUGCAGAAGGAGGACCGCCCUUAGGUCUACCUAAUUAUUUAGUAUAUUUAGCCCCUGUUUAGGUUAGUUUAUUGUUGGGCAUAGUAUGUUUUGGAACUUGCUCCUAUUAUCGCUUAUUUUAAAUAACGUUGAAAAGGACCUCUGGUCCCGACUUGCCUCUUUUGUAAAUUUUAUGUGGCAAAAUAAGCCAGAAAGCCUGA